AUGGAAGCUGUUGAAGCGAGCGGAACCGACACCAAUGGAGACCUAUCCGCCUCGAAUUCACGGUUCCCCGUGGAGGUCUGGGAGAGGGUCAUAGACUUCAUAGCUAUGACGUUGGGUCCAGACUACGUGAACAUCAAACGAGACCCAAAUUGGUCUACCUUGAGAUCUUGCGCACUCGUAUGCCGAGACUGGUACUAUCUCACCCUGUACCAUCUCUUCCAAGAUAUCCAACUCCGCGGCCGGAAGCAGCUCGUGGCGCUCUACAAAACGCUCCAGGAAAGGCCACACUUCCGCAAGGGCGUCCGACACGUCGCGAUAUCUGGUGCCUCACUUGCUGAACGCCGGCCGGUUCAGCACCUAGGGACAUUUGCAGCCAUGUUCGCGGGGAAGCUUCCGAACGCGUCGAUCUUCGCCAUCAAAUACGCUCUAUGGACCGUCGGUUCCGUGCCCAUCAAAGGCAUACGAUGCCUGGCCGCAUACCCCUCCGUCCACACUCUGUACAUCGACAACGUCACCUUGUCGAGCGUCGCGCAGCUCGCCCAUCUGGUGUCCGUGUUGCCGGGGCUAAGACGUCUAUGGUGCAAAAAGGUCGACUGCUUGCAGGACAAGCCGGUCUCCCCAGCCACUUUCCCCCUGAACUGCUCUAGAUUAGAGAGCCUUAGCGUGCGAUGGGUCGCACCAGCAGUCGAAGACAUGUUCGUGCGGAUCGGCGAGGCUUGUCGAGUCCGUGAUCUUACUAUCGCGGUUGACGACGAGUCACGCCAAUCCUCGGGCGCCAGCAGAAGUCAGACUCUGCUGGACACAAGCGCCGCGUCCUUGCAAUGGAUCCAGGUCUUUAUCAAUGUCGCGCCUUCCCUGAACAAGGACCUCGUCGAUGCCGUGAUAGGCAAGUCACACUGA